GCCGAGCAGCUGAGAGGCAGAAAGGGGAGGGAGCUGCUCACUCACUCGCUGCUCACACACACACACACACACACACACACACACACACACACACACACACACACAUACACACACGCACGCACACACACGCGCGCACAGGCACGGACAGCGAAGGGAGAGAGAGAGAGAGAGAGAGCGAGAGGGAGGACUGGAGAAGGGAUAACAGUCUCCACGGCUCUGCAGCUCCUGACAAGACGGCCCCAGAAACAGGAUGUUAAUGCUUGAUGGAAUGCCUGCAGUUCGAGUCAAAGCUGAGCCCCUGGAAUCGGAACAAGGGUCACCCAAAGUGCGCCGUUACCCUGCAAUGGACGGCGUCCCCCUCCUGCUCAGCCGAGUCAAACCAGAACCUCCAGAGGACUUGCUCGCUCACGACCCACACUUCCACACGCAGACUGAGCCGGUGGACCUGUCAAUCAACAAACCCCGCCCUUCCUCUUCUACAUCCGUCACCUCUGCGGUCACCUCAUCUUCACCUCUCACAUCCUCCUUCUCCCCAUCCUCAUUAUCUUCAUCAUCAUCAUCGUCCUCCUCUUCCUCCUCCACUUCUCCGUCUGUCAUCACCUCAGCCUCCUCGGUGCUCACGCCCGGCCCUCUGGUUGCCCCUGGCGCCGGGGUCAGAGGUCAGCAAUAUUUGCACAUCCUGCACUCUGUGCCACCUCCUCCGACGAGCCCUCUGAGCCUGCAGGGAGCCGGGAAGCUGGCCGGCCAUGUCCACCGCAUCCCCGUGGUGGUCCAGUCACUGCCGCUCAUGUACACCACCGCUGUCAGAUCCCCCUCCAGCCUCAACAACGCCAUCAUGCUACCUCUGCUGGACGAGACCAAGAACCACAGCAAAGUGUACACGGACCCAAACGGCCUGUCGCCAAGGCAGAUCAAAAGCGACAGUGAUGACGACGACCUGCCGAACGUGACCUUGGACAGUGUUAAUGAGACGGGCUCCACCGCGCUGUCUAUAGCUCGAGCAGUACAAGAUUCCAUGUCUCCAUUCAGUAUUGAGAGCAUACGGCGACCCCGGAGGUCAGAGUCUCCAGACUCCAAAAAGAGACGCAUCCACCGGUGUGACUUUGACGGCUGCAAUAAGGUUUACACCAAGAGCUCCCAUCUAAAAGCACACCGCCGGACGCACACAGGUGAAAAGCCAUACAAAUGCACCUGGGAUGGUUGCACGUGGAAGUUCGCACGUUCCGACGAGCUGACCCGGCACUACAGGAAACACACGGGGGUCAAACCGUUCAAGUGUGCAGACUGUGACCGCAGCUUCUCCAGGUCGGACCACCUGGCCCUGCACAGACGGAGACACAUGCUGGUUUGAACCAAAUAAAAAGAUGUUGGAGCACAGAGACGAAUACACACGCUGAUGAAGAGGAGCAGGGUCUCCCUAUGAAUGUGGUUCAGCUGGCCUGGACUCCCAUGAAUACACACACACACACACGCGCGCACACACACGCACACACACACACACACACACACACUCUCUCUCUCCCUCUCUCGACUGUCCCUGACAAAGUGAGAGAGGAGGUGGAGGUGCGCAGAGCUUUGCCGAGCACAAAAACAGGGUCGUUUUCUGGAUCCUCACUGAGUUGGUGGAGAAAAAGACGGCAGGAACUUUUAUUGUCGUUGUCCUUUGGAGUUGAAUGGAAAUCUGUCUUUUACAGCACUGUUUGUAAAUGUUUCACUUAGAUUUAUAAGGUGAAUUCAUACUCUUCAUUCGGACUUUAAAAAAACAAAAACAAAAACAAAUGCAAUCGCAACUAUUUCCUGUUGGUAACUUUCUUUUGUUUUUGUUAUUUUAAAUGGCUGCUUCUCAAGCGUUCAUAAUGUGAAAUUGCUCGGGUGUAUGGACUACAUUCGCCGUGUGGACUCCUUUUAAAAACCAAGAUAAAUGUAGGCCGCUGCUGGACUGGCCGAACAGAGGAGCGAGGCCUGCUUUGACCGUCGGGCCCCACCUGUGCGUCCCCAUAAUGGCCAGCAGGAGGCGCCGUCCCGUCACGGAUGCUUUCAGUUCUCUUGCCGCAGCCUGCAGUUGGACGUGAGCACGCUGACGGGCCAAGUGAUACGGAGGGACUGUCGAUCACAAGGUCAGCAAAUACACAAACGAGAUUGAAAGAAAUCGAAUAGAAAAGCCACAACCAGAAUCGAGCAUCAGCAACUUCAAGCCGCCGACGACGGCGUCGAACCCGGGUUCGGACGCCGUCCGUCGCGGGUGACGUUCAGUCGGUUUCUAUUUCCAACAGUGAAAACCGGGUUACGCAUGAAUCCACACCAGCAAACAAACGCGUCAUUUGUGAUUCAGUCAUAGCGACCCUGCAAUCUCACCGUCGCUAUCCUUCACGUGGAGCCUCUUUAAAAGCAUUUUCUUGUAGGAAAAACGAAACAAAACAAACGUAAAAAAAAUGUUGGUGCAUUUUUUUUUGUGCUGUGAUUAGCAAUCAGUAAAGUGCAAUCUUAUAGAUUAAGCAUAGUUUCAGUAUGAACUUUUUUUCUCCAUGGUAUCUCACUUUUUUAAUGCGUGCUUUGAUUAUAUUUAACGGAGAAAGGUCAACCCCUCGUGUAGAAUGAACUUUGAAACAAUCAGUGAACAUAUCCAAUAUGUGAAAAAGAAACAGGCACCUUACAGACUCGACGCUUCUUUUCUUUUUUUGUUUUUAAUGAAUCUGUUUAGUCGUGUGUUCUCAGAUGGUUUUGAUAGCGGUGGGGAAUUUGUGUUGUGGUCUCGAAAUGCUGACACGGCCCCCCAAGCUCAGCGGACUUCAGUGUUAUGGGGACUUCCGGGGGGUUUAGGAAGUGACGUAGGCCUACAGACAAAGCAAUACCUUCUUAACGAGCUGAGGAGGAGGUUUAGGCCGGCGUGUCCUCUCUGUUCUGUUUGCUGUGGUCAAACGAUUGAUGAGUACAUGUGUCGCCUCCGGCCCGGGUCUCUAGUUGUCUCUGUAGAUCCGGUUUAAGUCUCGUCCUUCAGUCUUAGAAAGGGAGUUACUCAAAAUCCUCCCAACAGCUUUGUUACGUCUCAUCUUGGAGAAGUCGCCCGAGUUGGCCUCAUCUCACAUCGGUUAGCUGUUGAAAACGCCAUCGGAUUAACCUGAGGUUUGGUUUUAAAGUAUGACGUGUUUAGGAGGAGACGGACACUUUCACAUACAGGAAGAUACUUGCGUGCACGCAGACGUAUUAAAAUACAUACACGCAUUUCCAUACAUCAAGGCUUUCGCGUUAACUAUGACCAAAAAAGUAAUUUGAGAUUUCACAGCGUCUUUGCAAAACAGCAUAUCAAUAUGGAAAAAUGGCUAAAUUAAUACCAAUUCUGUCAAUGCAAACGUUGAUCAUUUAAACGUAAAGCAAGAUUUCCCUGGCCAACACCCGCGCAGUUGAAAGAGACGUGACGCUCUGAGCGCGUGACAGGUGACCGGUAUCGGCGCCUUGGUUUUGAUGUGAUACGGCGGCCCACGUGACGUCAUCUCAAACAUUUGACCGGAUAACGUAGAUUUCUAAUUACUUCAUGAACAAGAUUCAGCCCGCUGGUUUAAUUGAUAUCUGAAAUCCCAAAUGAGUCUUUGCCAUUGGAGCCAUCGGCAUGUAAGGACCUUCAUUUGACUGCAUCAUUAGUUUUAAAAGUGUUAACGCCCCCCCCACCCACACCCCAUCCACAUCCACAUCCACCUCAGCUCUCAGGCAAGAACUCCAGAUUGAGAUAAAAACUAAAAUCAGCCCCUACAAUAUGAAAUGACUGCUAAAUGCAGGAUUUGGACUCGUAAAUAUAUUGUGGCGUUAGCAUAUUUCAUAUUAGCACCUUGGGAAGAACACAGACAUGCACAUUUACACGCACACACGUGCACGCCCAUGCGCACACAACGGAUGCUCGUUUCCAGUAAAAAAGCCAAAUCCAGGAAUUCAGUCCUACACAUGCGCCCUCUGUACGCAACGCCCCCCUUUUUUGCUAUAUGAAGAAUUCUAAUGUAUGUUGUCAUAUUUAUAUAUAUAUUAUUUGUGCACUCGUGAUUAUGCCCAGUUGUAUUAUCAUUUUGGCAAGAGCAUAUCAGCACCUUGUUUGUUCGUAAGUAUGAUUUUCAGAGAAUAUUUUAUUUCAGAUGUCAGUUUGUACACAAAUAAUCAUCAUGUUUUAACCCUCCAUUGUGUUUUAAUUAUCCGUAUACUGUGUAAAGACAUUUCAUGGUUGAGGGGCACCUCGUCAUUUCAUAUAACUAUUUUCUGUAAAAAGGAUCUUUGGGAAUGUUGUAACAUAUGUGAUAGUGAGGAUAAAAAGUUAUUACCAAGUUCUACAGGCUGUAUAUACAUUGGAAAAAUAGGGCUUUUGAUGAGUAGAUGCAGGAAAUAUGUUUAUACAUGUAAAGUCUUUUUUCAGAGACUGUAAUUUAUCUAAUUUGAUAUACAGUGAAAUGGGGCUAAUGGUAUUGCUAAAGCAGUUGUUUUUCAUCAUGUAAAUGAUCUCCUGUGGUUUCAUCUAACCAUUUGCUUCAUGUGGAAGUCAUCUUCUCCCAAGGCUGAACCAGUGUCCAACUAUAAUGAACAGAUAUUUUCUAUACACUGUCCAUAUCAAGGUACUCGGCUCCCUGUCUCGUCACUUUGCUAUAUUUGGAUGAGAAACUAUUUUGAUCGAGCACAUAUCAACAACACUCUUACUCUUAUUCUGUUAAUGACUUUGCAUGCCUUAAUCCAAUGAUCCUUUUUUUAUUUCAUUUUAUUUUGUUUUUUAAAUUUCAAUUUGACUUGAAGAUGGCUAUAAGUGUGUCUACAGGACCGGCUGUACUGGGUUUCCCUGCAGCAGUUUCCUGCUUCGUUAUACAGCAUAAUUUUGUUAACGGUAACCAGGGUCAAAGUUAUGCAAUAACAAUUAAUAGUGCCUCAUGAAACAAACUUGUAAUACCAACUGCUCUGUGCAGCGUUUCAGUUUCAACAUGUGUUCAAAUUCUCUAAUUUGCAGAAGGGAAAAGGUGAAUUUUGGAAAAAGCUCAGACACACAGUUAUGCAAAUCUGACCUCGUAAAGGUUCAACUUUCCUUUCGCACUGAGCCUUACGCCAUUAUUUCAAAUGCAACAUCCUUCUGUUACAUAUACACACACCCGCUGAAUACACCAUCCAUUAUUACUUUGCUGUUAGGUCCCCGUGCGGGGAAGCAAAGUGAGCUGUGAAGGCCUCUCAAUUCUUCAGAUGAAGAGAACGAGGGAUCUUCUGGUCAUCACACGCUGUGGCCUGGAUUCCAGCAGUAGAGGCACUCCGUUGUGGGUGAAUACUGACCUUACGCUUCUCUCUCUCAGUUGGGUUUCUAUAUGCUUUUACUUCCGUGUGACAUCCGUGUUUCUUUUUUCUCUGCUUUUAUUGAAAUUUCAGUAGUGACGCUGAUGCCUAUGUUUGAAGUUUGCUGAUAUUACGUACAGAAAUUGUUGUUCCUGUAUUUAUGUAAAGUGAGUGUAUUGUAAAUAUAUUCGGAUCUUUUUUUCUUUUUCUUUUUUUUCCACUCUCGCCGUAAAAAAGGAAUAAUUGUGAUAUUGCUCAGCAUUGCUUCAAAAGGGAGACUGCUCAUGGAAACCCACGCCUGCACAAGAACGUUUUUAACCCUGAUACUUUUACAAAGUUUUAAGAACAGGUGUCCUUCUCCAUUCUGUUUCCUUCUUUUAUUUUCUCCAACAGUCAUUUGAAUAUCCAGUGUUUUGCUCUUCUCUCUGUAUUUUUUCAUAUGGAUGGAGCUGUGAAAUUUAAAUAAGUUUAAACAUAUACAUGUAUAUUAAUAUGAAUGGAGGCAUGACAGUUAAUAAAGUUACAUUUUGUAUGUAA